UUUGGGAAAACAAUUUUUUUUCUUACUUUUAUCUCAAUAAAACAAUAUUAUGGAUAUUUUAAAGGCAGAAAUAGCUAGGAAACGUAAACUCCUAGAAGACAAACAACUUGUGGAUGACAAAAAGAGGUAUUUCAAAAGGGGAGAAUUAAUUGCCAAAAGCACCGAAGAGAUUUUACAGAAGCAGGGCUACAAAAUACAGGAAAGUAAUGUGUCCGAUAAAAAUACCAACGAUGGGGACUAUAAUUUCACCAAUGAUGGACAAAAUAUCUUACCACGAGCAGAAGUCAUACGCAGAUUAAGAGAACGAGGAGAGCCCAUAUUGCUUUUUGGUGAAACAGAACCCGAAGCAUUUCAACGCCUGAGACAAUGUGAGAUCUCUCAACCCGAGGCAAACAGAGGAUUCCGCAAUGAUUUCCAAGAAGCUUUAGAACAAGUAGAUCAGGCCUACUUACAAGAAAUGUUUGCCAACGCACCAACCUCAAAAGAUGAAAAGAAAAACGAGUUUACAGAACUUGACGAGAGUGUAGAUUGGGAAGGAAUUAAAGCCAUGUCCUUGAAAAUGGGUCGUAAUAAUAAAGAGUAUGACAUGGAUGUCAUAAUGACCCUACUGACAUAUAUACUUAAAUUGUGGAGUGACCAAAUUUCCGGUUAUUCCAAACAGGAGAAAAUGUCUACAAAAACUAAAAUGGCCCGCGUUAUCUAUACACAAACCAAAGAAUAUGUGAAACCACUGUUUCGUAAAUUGAAAAACAGAUCACUGCCAGAUGAUAUUCUAGAAAGUUUGAGCGAUAUUUGUAAACAUUUGCUAAAUCGAAAUUAUAUACACGCCAGUGAUGCCUAUCUGGAGAUGGCCAUCGGUAAUGCUCCCUGGCCUAUUGGUGUAACUAUGGUUGGUAUCCAUGCUCGUACCGGCAGAGAAAAGAUUUUCUCGAAAAAUGUGGCCCACGUAAUGAAUGACGAAACUCAACGCAAAUACAUACAAGGAUUAAAACGUUUGAUGACAAAAUGCCAAGAAUACUUUCCUACAGAUCCCUCAAAAUGCGUGGAAUAUGUUAGUAAAAAAGAUCGUGAAUAAAUAAAAAUACUACUAUGUAAUAAAAUAAUAAAAAAAAAUAUUUUUAGUUA